AUGAAACAGCGAUUAAAUAAAUCAUCAAUUUUAGAAGAAUUAGAAAAUAGUAGAAAAGAAUAAUUGCAGGAAGAAAACAAGAAAAUUCUCUUAAUAAAAGAAAGAAUUAGAAGAGAGCAAAUUGCAAUAUAAAAUAAAGAUAAUGAAUUAAGAUAAAUUUAAGAGCAACUUCAUAAAUAAAUCAUGUCAUCUAAAAAACAUCUCUGCUAACCAAUCAAUUUCAGUUCAAUUUUAUUACAUUAAUAACAAUAUGAUGGUAAUAAAAUUGUUAGAGAAAUGGAAAGAUAAAAUAAAAAAAAGUCGGUUCCAUAAAUAGAGUUUUAGAAAUCAAAUACUUACAUUAAAUUACUCCAUGAAUAGCAAGAGGAGUAAUUAAAAUUAAUUGCAAAACGAUAACAAAUAAAAGCUAGAAAAUAGGUAUAAUCAAAGUAUUCAGAAAUUGUUAAAGAGAUUUAUUCAAGGCCAAUUAUAAAGACUUUUCAUGAGGAUCCUUCAGAUGCAUUCAUUUUCAACUCAAAAUCUAAACCUAUUUCUUUACAUGAAUAAUCUAAUAAAACCAGUUCUGAAGUUAGUCAAUUAUAAUAAAUAGAUAAAUAUUUAAUAAAAAAACUAGAAAAAAUACUCUAGGUAGAAGAAAAGCUAGAAGAAAAAAAACAGCCAGAAAUCAAAAUAAAAGUUAGGCAUCAAUAAGUGUAAAAAUUGUCUCCUAUUCCAUAACCUUAAUGCAAGAAAAAAGAUUAAGCUGAGGGUAUUCACAUACAUAAAAAGGUGUAAGAAAUAUAACCAGCAUAAUGGGUAACAAAAUUACAAUAUUUAGAGAAACAUUUUCGAUGAUAGUCUAAUUUCUUCUUAGGACAGAGUGUAAAAGACUUUAGAUUAAAUAAAAUUGUUAAAUAACGAAGCUUUAAAGUUAGAGGAGGAAACUAAUACAAAAAUCAAUGUUGAAAAAGAAGAGAAAUUAAAUAAUUUACUUAUAAAUCAGAUACAGGCUAGAUUGGCAUUAUUGGAUAACUUUAAUUGA